CAAGGAAAGAUAUUGCAGUUAGAGGAAAACAAGAGUCCCUCAACUGCAAACAUGCGGGCCCAGAGGUCCGAUCUCCGUGUUCUGCUGAUAAUGGUUCUGGCAGGAAAGGCAGCCUUUGGGUUCUCCCCGAUAUCUUCACCCUCAGACCUGGACCCAGACUGGACUCCCAGCCCCUUAGACUACAGCCAGGAGUAUUACUACGAGGAAGAGGGCACCAGCAGCCCACCCACCUACUCUGACAACCCCGACUGGUACUAUGAAGAUGAUGAUCCAUGCCAGUCCAACCCCUGUGAGCAUGGAGGGCACUGCCUCAUCAGCGGGGACAACUUCAUGUGCAGCUGCCCGGCCCCCUUCCACGGGAGCAGGUGUCAGAAGGCAAAGACCAAGUGCGCGAACAACCCAUGUGGCAAAGGGGAAUGUCUUAUUACUCAGAGUCCUCCCUACUACCGCUGUGCUUGUAAGCAUCCCUACAGGAGUGCAGACUGCUCUACAACAGUUCCUGCGUGCAGGCCAAAUCCUUGCCAAAAUGGUGGUACCUGCUCCAAGCAUCGGCGGAGAUCCAAGUUUACCUGUACCUGUCCUGUCCAGUUCAAGGGGAAAUUCUGUGAAAUAGGUCCUGAAGAUUGCUAUGUUGGUAAUGGCAACUCUUACCGAGGGAAAGUGAGUAAGACAGUCAACCAGCACUCAUGUCUUCACUGGAACUCCCACCUCCUCUUGCAGGAGAAGUACAACAUGUUUAUGGAGAAUGCUGAGGGUCAUGGGAUUGGGGAACACAACUUUUGCAGAAACCCAGAUGGUGACCGAAAGCCCUGGUGUUUCAUCAAAGCAAACAGUGCAAAUGUGAAAUGGGAAUACUGUGAUGUCACAGCCUGCUCGGCCCUGGACAUUACUGGUCCAGAGGAAAGCCCCAUGGAGUUCAAUCCGGGGUUUAACUCCUGUGGCAGGACUGAGAUAGAAUUGAAGAUCAAGAGGAUCUAUGGAGGCCAAAAGAGCACAGAGGGCAAGCACCCUUGGCAGGUGUCCCUGCAGACUUCAGUGCCCUUGACCGUCUCCAUGCCCAAAGGCCACUUCUGUGGGGGGGCCCUGAUCCACCCCUGCUGGGUGCUCACUGCCGCUCACUGCACUGAAAUAAAAGUCAAAUAUCUACGAGUGGUGUUGGGAGACCGGGAUCUGAAGACGACAGAAUUCCAUGAGCAGACCUUUGGGGUGGAGAAGAUAUUCAAGCACAGCGGCUAUAAUGAAAGAGAUAAGAUUCCCCACAAUGAUAUUGCUUUGCUUAAGUUAAAGCCAGUAGAUGGUCACUGUGCUGUGGAAUCCAAGUACGUGAAGACUGUAUGUUUACCCGAGGAGCCAUUUCCCUCCGGGACUGAGUGCCACAUUGCUGGCUGGGGUGCUACAGAAACAGAGAAAUUGUCCCACGAGCUCCUGGAUGCCAGAGUCAAGCUGAUCUCCAACACCAAGUGCAACUCCCGUCAAUUCUAUGACCGCAUGCUUGAUGACAGCAUGAUUUGUGCUGGAAACCUUGAGAAUCCUAGAAACGACACCUGCCAGGGAGACUCUGGAGGCCCUCUCACCUGUGAGAAGAAUGGCACCUACUAUGUCUACGGGCUAGUGAGCUGGGGCCUGGAAUGCGGGAAGGUGCCAGGAGUCUACACCCAAGUAACCAAAUUCCUGAACUGGAUCGAAACCACCAUCCAGAGGGCGUAAAGCUUCUAAGGUGCCUUCUGAGCCUCAGAGCCCAUCCCCCGUAGCCCCAGCCAGGGCAAGGUCUUGCAGGCAGUAGAGGAGGCCCCCUGGAGCCCUUGGGGGGCCAUGCACUGGAAACCCACACUCUAGCUGAGACCCCAGCCUGGGUGUCCAGGAGCAGCAUCUCUCCCAUGUCAUCAAGCCCCCUCCUCAGUAACCCAAGACAGGAUACAAUCAGCCUGAAUAUGUUAUGUUUGCUUCCCUCAAACAAUUGUAUCUUCUGGAAAUUCAGGCAUCACAGACUACCUCCACCUUGGACUUCUGCAAACAAGGGGCUGCAGAGCCUCCAGACCUGACUGGAGUGACUGCUGCAUCUUUAUUCCUCCUCCCAGAUGUUCAAGGUUCACAACAGAGCCAGCUACCCAUGCCUAGGUAUCAGAGAGAGGACCAAAAAAUACACCAUUUUGCAUCUG